AUGGAGCAUACAAUUAUUGUCAGUGAUCUUGAAAAGCCAAUCUUCAGUGCCGAAGUGAAUGGUUCCAGGGGUGAUGGAUACCAAAGCCCAACACUGGUAGUCCCCCACUCCGACCCGGAGAAAUCGCUUCUUCAACACUACAAUCCACCAGUCCAUGAAUUGACAUCGAGGCAAGAGCAAAAUGCAUCCAAUGUUGGCCGAAGGCUUGCGAAUCCAGCCCCAUUGGGCUUAUGUGCUUUCGCACUGACAUCGUUCAUCGCAAACUCUACAAAUGUUUAUGUGACAGACAUUUCAUCGACUGGAAUCACCACGGCUUUGCCGCUGGUUUACGGCGGUAUCGUUCAGCUCGUUUCAGGCAUGUGGGAGAUGGCAAUCGGCAAUACAUUUGGAGCUACAUCCUUUUCCUCCUAUGGUGCCUACUGGAUUACAAUCGGUGUGAUGGCAAUGGUCAAAGAUACUACGGAAAGUGGUGAUACUUGCCAAGCUGAAAAACUUAUGGGGGUGUUCAUGAUGGCAUGGUUUAUCUUCACUACCCUGAUGCUUCUAGGCACCCUCAAGUCAAGUCUUGCUAUGUUCCUCUUGUUCUUUUUUCUGGACAUGAACUAUCUGCUUCUCGGCAUUGCUCAUCUGAAAUGUCGUCAGUCUGAAGGCGUUAUUCUAGCAUCGGUUCAAAAAGUGGGCGGAAUAUUCGGAUUGCUAGCUGCACUUGCUGCCUGGUGGAACGCAUUUGCGGGAGUUCUUGAUAGCAACAAUUCCUUUUUCACGGUGCCUUUGGGGCAUUUUCCAUGGUCCCCUGCGGCUCGAGUUCAUCGAGGUAAGGUCAAAAACGUUUGA